AUGUUCCAGCAGAGCUUCAGCGUAAUAUGGCAAAAGCCUUGGCGGGAACGGUCGACGUGGGAUAACCUAAUAUCCGAUAUUGCUGUUGUCAUUUCAGGGGAUGAGUCAAUCGAAGCGAAGAGGACGGAUCCACAGCCAGGAAGUGAACAGUUGAAGCAGAUAUCUGGUUCCGCAGAGGGCAAGACCGAAGUCCGAAGUCCGAAGUCCGGAAUCUGCUGGAGAAAUAAAAUGGCCCAUCCAGUGGGUCCAGCCAGAGAACCAGAAUUGCCCGGGGGAAUGUUUGUGCCUGACAUCCAAUUUGCCUUCUUCCAAGAACCCGAAAAGACAAAGAGAGACGAACAGACUGGAGCUACAGCAGAAAGCGGUUUCUAUGAUAUUCCAUACCCUGAAAGGCACAUCUAUACGGGAAACAUAACUUCUUCUGACCCUCUCUGCACCCAACUACACCUGGAGCCGCAGACCUGCAAAGACUGA